GUUGCAACAGCCUCACCUCCAGCAUCCAGCUGCUCUGCUCAGUGCCAGACCAGAAUGUGUCCAUCGCGCUGCCUCCUCUUUUUGACCAUCCUUGUCCUCCUAAUCCACCUCAGUCUGGCCAGGGCCACACCAGUCUCCAGACCUGCCCAGUGUCUUGACCGCUCCCAAAACCUGCUGAGGACCACCAACCAUAUGCUGGAUAAGGCCAGACAAAUUCUGAAACAUUAUCCCUGCACUGCUGAAGACAUUGAUCAUGAAGACAUCACAGCAGACAAAACCAGCACACUGAAGGCCUGUUUACCACCGGAACUAGUCAAGAAUGAAAGUUGUCUGGCUUCUACAGAGACUGCUUCCCUAACAAGAGGGAGCUGCCUGCCCCCCAGAAGGACUUCUUUGAUGAUGACCCUGUGCCUUGGUAGCAUCUAUGAGGACUUGAAGGUGUACCGGACAGAGUUCAAGGCCAUCAAUGCAGAGCUUUUGGAUCAUAAUCAGAAGCAGGUGAUUCUGGAUGAGAACAUGCUGACGGCCAUUGAUGAGCUGAUGCAGGCUCUGAAUCUCAAUGGUGAGACUCUGCCCCAGAGACCUUCCCAGGAAGAAGGUGAUCCCUACAAAGUGAAAAUGAAGCUCUGCAUUCUACUACAGGCUUUCAGCAUCCGUGCUGUGACUAUCAACAGAGUGAUGAGCUAUCUGAAUUCCUCCUGA